ACCAUACACUGUACAAUGGAUCAAACCAUGCGUUCGACUUUUUUCCACAUUUUUUCCCCGUCUUGCAUGUUUCGCUGCACAGACGUCGCUGGGUCGCUGGCUUCUUUGAACCACCUCAGAAAAUUCCAUUUCAUGUCACCUACUGAAAUUGUCACACAGAUGCACGUACGUACAUUGCUUUUAGGAUGUGCCAAACACCCUCGAGUCCCUCUCUCUCUCUCUUUCUCUCUAUAUAUAGCGGCCUCUUUGAUGCACUCUCAAACUGGAAUACUCGGUAUACCCUCAUAUAUAUAUACUGAGAUAAAUAUUGGAGGAUCGGAGCUAGCUUGAUACUUCAAACAAAACUUCGAAACAAAUUAGUCAUGCAGUACUCUCAACUUUCAACACGCAUUUGCGUACCUUAUGCAGUUUCAUUACAGCCUAAAACAACUUGGAACAGUCCAAAGUUCAACAAUGAGAAGAGCGUUGGUCAUUGCACAAGAGUCCCACGCAAUGUUAAUAUGGAGAAACUGCAGAGUGGAUAUUUGUUUCCAGAGAUAUGCAUGCGUGAGUUUGAACACUCUCAGAAAUAUCCACAAGCAGGCUUAAUAAGACUUGGCGUUGGAGAUACUACAGAGCCUAUACCAGAUAUCAUAACUUCUGCUAUGGCUGAGCAUGCACAUGCUCUAUCAACGGUUCAAGGUUAUAGAGGGUAUGGAGCUGAGCAAGGCAACAUGGCACUAAGAAAGGCUAUUGCAGAAACAUUUUACAGAGAUGUGGGUGUAAAAGCCGAUGAAGUUUUUGUAUCAGAUGGUGCACAAUGUGACAUUUCCCGCCUCCAGAUGCUUAUGGGGCCGAAUGUGUCAGUGGCUGUACAGGAUCCAUCUUUUCCGGGGUAUAUAGAUUCCAGUGUUAUUGUUGGUCAGUCUGGCAUGUUCCAAGACGAAAACGGGAAGUAUGAGAAUAUUGUGUACAUGAAGUGCGGGCGCGAGAAUAAUUUUUUCCCAGACUUGUCAAAUACUUCAAGGACUGAUAUCAUUUUCUUCUGCUCUCCAAACAACCCGACUGGUUAUGCUGCAUCACGGCAGCAAUUAAAGCAGCUUGUGGAGUUUGCUAAGGCAAAUGGAUCCAUAAUUGUUUAUGACUCUGCCUAUGCUACUUAUAUAUCAGAUGAAAGCCCCAGAUCAAUCUUUGAAAUUCCAGGAGCCAAAGAGGUUGCCAUUGAAGUUUCGUCCUUCUCCAAGUUUGCCGGUUUCACAGGCGUUCGCCUUGGUUGGACAGUCGUCCCUGAGGAGCUUUUGUACUUGAAUGGAUUUCCUGUCAUUAAGGAUUAUAAUCGCAUUGUGUGCACCUGUUUCAAUGGCGCAUCAAGUGUUGUUCAAGCUGGGGGACUAGCCUGCCUUUCCAAAGAUGGUUACAGGGCCUUAAUUGCUGUGGUUGAUUACUACAUGGGCAAUGCAGGCAUAAUUGCUGAUGCAUUUACAUCACUAGGGCGAAAGGUGUAUGGAGGCAAAAAUGCACCUUAUUUGUGGGUACAUUUUCCGGGAAUGAGUUCUUGGGACAUUUUCAGCGAGAUUCUUGAGAAAACACACAUAGUGACAGUGCCAGGCAGAGGAUUUGGUCCCGGUGGUGAAGAAUACAUUAGAGUCAGUGCAUUUGGCCAGAGAGAACGUAUAUUGGAAGCUUCAAGGAGGCUCAAAAAUCUUUACAAAUAAAGGCAUUUCACCAUGCCUUUUUUAUCACUAGAAUCAAAAUAGUGAAGUGUUAUCCAGUUCAAAUUAUAUUGCUAUCUUUUUCUUCAUAAAAACGCCUAUAGCCAGAGUGCUUUGAACAGAAGUAUCUUCCAGCUGGACUCUACUGCAUGGUGCAGUGUAUGGUUGGGAAAUGAUCUCUGCUGUCAAUUAUUGGGUGUUUUAAAUGCCAUAUACUAGCUUGAGAACUGGCCCUAAUGUUGUAGAAUACAGAUAUAAAUAUAAGCUUCAGUAGCACUUACCUGGAACCUGGAAGGAUUUUCUGCUCAUGUUGAUAUGGUAUCCUUUACCUCACCUGAGAUUUUAUUGGUA